AUGAUUGAAUAAGAUCUUGAAAAUAUGAAAAAGUAUAUGUAUUAUCAUCCUAGUAUAUUAGAUUAUGAAAAUAUGAUACCUAUUAGUACAUUGAAAUAUGUUUUACUUCCAAAAACAAAAGAUGAAAUAAUAAUCAAUAAAAAUAACUAAAAUUACAUUAAGUCAUAUUUUUCUUAAGGAGUCAACCCUCAAAAUAUAGUUCCAACUUAUCUAGAGGAUGGAAUUUGGACUGAUAUUCCAAAAAUAAAACAAAAUUAGUUUACCAAUUCAAUACUUAAAAUUGAUAAUAAAUAUACUGAACAAUUCAAUUAAGAAAUUCACAGAAAAUCUGAUACUACAUAGAUCAACAGUAUUAUUAAAUCUAAUAACUCAUUUAAAAAAAGCACAAAGAAAGUAUCUUUUGAACUCUCUGAAACAUUUCCUAAUUAAUAAUAAGAAAUUUUUAAGAAAUGA